AUGUCUAAUCCAAGAAUACUGUUUUUAGACUUAUCACCUUUUAUAGAAAAUGUUAUCAAUAGAUGCAAAACAUUGAUUUCUGCAAGAAAAAGAAAUUCUGAAAUUGAAUUAAUUGAGGAUCAAUGGCGUACAGAAACAAGAGAAUUAGUUGACCUAGUGAACAGUUUGCAAGAAGAAAAUAAAAGAAUAAUUAAACAACAGCAGGAUUUGCAAUCAGCAUCAGCUCAUUCAUCAGGAUUGGGAAAUAGUUUAACAGACAGUAUUAUGAGUAUAACAAAUAUUGAAUUAUCAAAUGCAUUGACAGAUACACAAAUAUUACAAAGGCUGAAAGAACAGAUUCAUAAGCAACGUGAUGAAAUUAAAGUAAAAGAGAGAGAACUUCAAGAAAAAGUUGUUGAUAUUGAAAAUUUGAAUAUCCAAAUUGAAAGACUGACAAAUUCUGGCCGAGAUUCACGACGAAGACAAAAAAUGUUACAGGUUCAAGUGAAAACUUUAUGUGAAGAAAGAGCUGAUUUCUUAGCUCAAUUACAAGAUCAACAUCGUGAAAUAAAUCAAUUAAAGAAACGUUUAGGUAUUGCUGAAAAAGAAAAUGAAGAUUUAGCAAAUUCUUUAGAAUAUGAGAAUGAUGAUCCAAAUAGGCCAAGAUAUACAACAAGUGAAUUAAAAGAAUUAUUAAAUGAGAGAGAUGAACUAUUAACAAAAAUUGAUGAUUUAACUGAGGAAUUAAGAAAAUAUAAACCUGAUAUUGUUGAUGAUAUUGAAGAUGAACCACCAAAAUGUGAAACGCCACCUGAUGAAGAUGCUCCUGUACAAGGUCCUCUACCAUAUGAAUGGUAUAAUCCAGAUGAAAAAAGGCCAACCGAAUCAGGAAUUCGAAGAUUCUUCCGAAAAUUAUUUUCGGAUCCUGAUUCAACUAUUUUUCCACGUCGAUCGCUUUCAACGCUUUCUAAAAUGGCUCUGUCAGCUGGCCCUAAUCCUAAUGUUUCCACAUUCAAUUAAAACUAAUCAAGAUCCAAAGAAAUCAUAAAAAAAAAAAAUAAUAAAAUGCGAAAAGAAAUAAUAAAAUCAUCAUCAAUCAAGAAAUAAACAAAAUAAACAAAACACAUAGUAAACCAACAACAUUAUCGACCUCAUCAGUUUUAUUAUGAAUUUUAGAGCAGCAACACAAUAAAAUCAAGAAUAAUAUUAUUGAAAGAAUAAAACAAACAUUAAAUAAUUAAAAAAAAAAAUAUUAACUGAAUAUUUUCAUUGAUAUUACAGCAUUAGAGAAAAAAACAAAAAAAAAAUACAUCAUCAAGUUUUUAAUUAAUCAAAAACAUAAUUUAAGAAUAUGUUUUAGUUUUUACUAAUAUAUUAAAAAUAUAUUAUAUACAACAUUUUUAACUACAUACAUAAAAAUAUGAAAGAUCCAUUGUACAAAAGAUCUAUAAAAUUUCACUU